GAGAUGUAGUCUUUUUUUUUUUAAUAAUUUAGCUGAGAAGAAGCAAGUACAAUGAAAAGUAAAUGGGACCUAAGCUGGAUCCUUGAGGGACCCCAUAGGAAAGAGUGGCUGAAGAAGAGGAGUGAUUUCCUAUCCUGACAGAGAGGCUUCUAUUUUUGAGGGGGGUUCAGCAGGAGUGACACAGUACUUCACUUCACAUCCACUUCACCUGCCUGGUAAUGGAGCCCUGCCUGGAUCCAAGAUGGCAUCAGCGUGACCACUGCUGACUUCCGAUAUGUCCGUCUUUCAGUCAGGUGUUCAGUGCAAUGGCACCAGAGACGACCGUUACUCAUCCAGAUGUACCGGGAUGACGACAAAAAACAAGUGGUGACUCCCUUCCUCUGAAGCUGCCAUAAAGUCAGAAUAUGUGUCCAUUCCUCAAUUACCAGGUCACUGCCUUCUGCGGGUCCGGCACUCCCAACAAUGUAUCCCUUACAGGAGAGGGAAGAGCUGGCGCUUCAAGCAAGUCCCUCUGGAGACUCCUCAAAACACAGUUACCAUGGACACAAACUUGACCGGGAGAGGAGUGAGGAGUGUGUUUGUGUGUACACACACUGUGCGCGAGGAAAACGAGAGGGAGAGGGGCCGUGCGUGAUUGACUGCCAGCAAUCUGAUCCAGUGAAAGACAUUGACGACCAAUAGGAAGCGGAGUGCGGCUUGUUUCCAUGGGAGGCCCCGGGAGGCGAUGCCAAGCCGCUAGAAAGCAACACAGUGAGCGGGGAGAAGCGCAAGCAGCAGCCGGGACUGUGGAGAUCCUGCAGCCGCUCCGUGGCACUCUGCGCGCGGAUGAAAGCGAGGUCGCUGGGUAAGGUGACCGGACAGGAGACUCUGAGGACUCUGCUCGUCAAUUAAAGCCACAGCGGUGCAGCAUGGAUAGAUUUCACGACCAGCAAGUGCCUUACUGUAACUCCAAAAAGCAGCAAGAAAAGACAACGAGCUGCGAGAGGCCAGCAAAUGACAGAAAGAGAAAAUUCAUUAAGUCCGACCUGGCUUUGGACACUGAAGAGCUCUUCCAGGACCUCAGUCAGCUGCAGGAGACUUGGCUGGCGGAAGCUCAAGUUCCCGACAAUGACGAGCAGUUCGUUCCAGACUUCCAGACUGAAAACUUGGCUUUCCACGGACUGCAGCUGAAGAUCAAGAGGGAGCUGCACAGCCCGUGUUCAGAGCUGAGCUCCAACUGUAGUCAGGAGCGGCCCUUCAAACUCCAGUAUGGAGAGAAGUGCCCGUACAACGUCAGUGCCUAUGAGCAGAAGCAGCCCGCAGGAAUGAAGCCCUCCAGCCCAGUGACGCCCCCCUGUAGCACCCCUGUGUCCCCCCUUCAUCAUGCCUCACCCACAGCCGCCCCGACGCCCAAACCAGACAGGACCUACGCCCACAUACCGGCCUCACAGCCGCUCCCUGACAACGCCUACUCGAUGGACCACAGAUUUCGACGUCAGCUCUCUGAGCCGUGCCACUCGUUCCCCUCCCCGCCGACGAUGGCUCGGGACGGCCGGCCCAUCUACCACAGGCAGAUGUCGGAGCCCAACAUCCCCUUCCCUCCUCAAGGCUUCAAGCAGGAGUAUGCCGACCCCCUGUUCGAACACCCGGCCAUGAUGGGCGCGCCGCUACCCCACGCGUACCCCGCCACCAUGAUGAUCAAACAGGAGCCGCGGGACUUCACCUACGACUCAGCAGAAGUGCCUAGCUGCCAUUCUGUCUACUUACGGCAAGACGGCUAUCUGGCUCACACUAACAGGACUGAAGGUUGUAUGUUUGACAAAGUGGCGAGGCAUUUCUACGAUGAUACCUGCGUGGUGCCUGAAAAGGUUGAAGGUGACAUCAAGCAGGAGUCAGGCCUGUACCGCGAGGGCCCAUCGUACCAGCGCAGAGGCUCGCUGCAGCUCUGGCAGUUCUUGGUCGCUCUGCUGGACGACCCGUCCAACUCCCACUUUAUCGCCUGGACCGGCCGCGGCAUGGAGUUCAAACUCAUCGAGCCAGAGGAGGUGGCACGUCGGUGGGGGAUACAGAAGAAUCGACCGGCGAUGAAUUAUGACAAGCUCAGCCGAUCGUUGCGCUACUACUACGAGAAGGGAAUCAUGCAAAAGGUGGCCGGCGAGAGAUACGUCUACAAGUUUGUGUGCGACCCCGAGGCCUUGUUCUCCAUGGCGUUUCCCGACAAUCAGCGGCCGGUGCUGAAGACGGACAUGGAGCGGCAGAUCAACGAGGAGGACACAGUGCCGCUGUCGCACUUUGAUGAAAACAUGGCCUACGUACAGGAGGGGCCCUACUGUCCGCCGCACCCCUACAACGAGGGCUACGUUUAUUAACGUCAGCCACACACACCUCCACUCUCCCCUCCCCCCCCGCCUCCUCCGUCCAUACACCUGAGACUGUCAUGUCCUCUAAUUCACAGUCGCUCCGGGAGUAAGACUGAACACACACAUGCAGCGGAGCUUCCCUUCUCUCUCUCACAGAAACACACACAUCCUCUUUUUUUUUUUCUGACGUUGAAGCCGCACAGCAGGAUGGAGAGUGCACUUUAUGGACAGGAAGCGCGGUGAUAACCUGCCAGGGGCUGGCUAUGUGGUUGGCUUUGCUUAUGUUUGUACAUUAAUGUGGGAAUCAUUCUGUUUAUUUUUAAUCCUAUGAUUUUGAGUAUGUGGCGCCCUGCUGAGACAGGACUCACUGGCCAACUCGUGGUCACACAAGGACCGAAUCCUCCUGCGAAAGAAACUCGUCUCCACACAAAUCAAAGGACGAUCACUUCUGCUCGACUAGUUUGUCCUCAAACAGCCAUCCUGUACCUUCAUGCUCAUUUAAAGUGGCAGCGUAUUGUAACGAUGCUUUUAUGGUGAAGUGACAUGAUUAUAGACUUGAAACAGUAAUGUGAUAAUAAGAGACAUUUAGCUACCAUCAGUGAGAACUGCCUCGCCGCCAGUUUGAUCACAACACCUGUCGUCUGUCGAUGCCCCUCGUCCAAUCAAACUGUAGAUCUCAUCAUGUAGGUGUUUUUGCUGUAACGACACAAAACCCUGGAUAAUUAACUCAGAAACCUCGUGGGUUAGUAAAGUAAAGACACAAAGAUGCACCUCGAAAUGUACUGAAGAAAAUACGGCCUGUGUUUAGGAUAAUCAAUAAAGCUUCAGGCCGCUGUAAAAUAACUCAUCCACUGUAAACAGACAUUUUUCUUUUUAUUCUGAAACUCAUCAGAGCAACAGUCGUCCGUUUGUUAUUUUCAAUGAAUAACAGGUGAAAGUGUAUGUACAGUUAAAGUGGACACAGCAACCAGUCAGUCAACACAUUUAGGAUUUUAUUUUCAAACCAAAAUAAAGUAAGAUUUUAUUGGCUUAAUCGUUAAAAAAACAACAAAAUAAAAGUCCAAAACUUCCCUGAUUUCCAUUCUGUUUUGUUCCAGGUGAACAUGAGGUGUACAUUCUGCUUUGCCAUCGAUAGGGUUGCUUUUUUUUGUUUAAAAAAAAAGUAUAAGAAAUAUUUAGAGUUUUAUAAUGUGAUGAAAAAACAUUCAUGUUAUAACACAAAUAAUGUUCCAUUGUAUAAUCAGGUAAAUGCACAUUUUGUUGCUGCUUCAAAUUGUAAGUGUAUUUUCUAGUUUAAAGAAAAAAAAAGAAGUGCGGCAGUCACGGUCUGCUAUUCUGGAUUUUUUUUUUCUAUUUGGUUUGUUGUUUUUUGUUUUUCUUUUUUUUUUUUUUUUCCAAUUUGAGCAUUAAAAAAUCUGGUCUGAGUUUUGUUUCUCAGUGUUCACGUGUGUGGGAUGGGACCGGCAAUAGCAAAACUUCUGUAAUAAAAUAGCUCUGAAAAUCAAAGUUAUUGCCAACCUUCAGAUUUUGUUUCAUAAUUACUCAUCACAUAAAAGUUUUGUUGCUAAAAACUGUGGCAUUUCUUCUCAGUUCCAAGUCUGAGGCAAUUUUGCACUCAAACUUUCAGGUUUCCCACUGUUUUACCAACCUGGAAAAGUCACCGAGUUCGACAAUCUUGUUUUCCAGGCCCCGGACGAGUUAUUAAAAUUAGU